AUGGCUCCGAAGUGGGGAAUCAAGUUCGCCGUCUACCUCAUCACCAACCACUUCGGCAAAAUCGUCGCUAAAGUUUGCGAAAAUCUACUUGACCAUGGCGCUCUCACUCUGGACCUGGUUAUUCGAUACACGGAACUUUCCCCGGAGCAUGUUAAGAACUCAUUGCUUGUGUUGAUUCAACAUAAUUGCGUCCAGGCUUUUGUUGCCCAAGGUGGUGAUGAAGAUGGGUCGAGAGCUAAGACGCAAUACAUGGUGUUGUUUGACAACAUACUCCAUCGAUUAAGAUUUCCGAAAUUCAUGGAGAUAGUGUCGGGGGAACUUGAUGACAAAUGUGCAAAAAUUUUUGAAGGUUUGCUCCGCGAUGGUAGACUUAACACGAAACAGAUGGUUGACAGAGAAAGUCAAGGAAAAGAAAAUGCGGUGGCUGCAGCUGCUGUACGAGAGAGCCUUCUUAAACUUCUGAUGGCUCGAUAUGUUGAGCGCUGUCCACUCCCUGAGGCUAGGGUAGUUGAAGGAGAAAUUAUUACUAAGAAGCGUGGUGCUAAGGGGGCCCAGAAUUUCAAAGCACCAGCAACAACAGAACAACGUGUUAUAGAAGCUGCAGUGCGUGGGGAUAUGAUUAGAUUUUCACUCAAUGCAGAUAUAGGAUGUAAUAGUGAUGGAGAAACAAAUCCAGCUGAUACAAGCGUUGCAGAAAAUAAUGCAAAAGAGGACUUUAUUCUUUGGCGUGCAAAUUUUGAGGAGUUCACGCGUCAUCUCAGGGAUAAGGCACUGAUUGAGAAUGUAAGAGCACGGAUAGACGACGGAGCUGCUAUUGUCUUAAGUGCAAUAUUGAAGGCAACAAGAACUAAAGAUAAAGAAGUGAAAAUAGAGAAAUCAGGUGAUCUAGAGUCCGCUUCACGAAUUCUGGAAAUUUAUGAUGUUAAUAUUCAUGUCUAUGGGCCGAUACAUAUGUAG